UCAAUCGGGUCAACUAAGCGCUGUUUACCAGCCGCCGACCCUGUCACUCUGUUUUGUGACCCACUGAGGAGGAAUGGGCGCUCCUUGAUUUCACCUCUGACAUCGGUGAUUAUAACUGGUCUGAACGUAGUUAUCUGCGUGCGAAGGACAGUUAUACAAACAGCUGGGUUACGCUUCUUUUAACCAAGAAAAACUUCACCCCGAAACUGAGAAGGAGCCCGGGCCUGUGUCGCUUACGAUAUCCUGUUCCCGAAACCUCAUUUAGAAUAAGGAACCACCGACACACACAUAUUCCAGUCUCCUUCCAUUCAGUGGAUUUGAAUGAGUAACAAACAGCAUCACACCUGAGAGCAGUGAUUGGUCACUGAACCGGACAGGGCAGCUAACGGGGGAUUCAGCUAGCCAUCAUGGCGGAUGUGGACCCAGACACCUUGCUGGAGUGGCUACAGAUGGGUCAGGGUGAUGAGCGAGACAUGCAGCUCAUCGCCCUGGAACAGCUAUGCAUGCUGCUGCUUAUGUCGGACAAUGUUGACCGCUGCUUUGAGACAUGUCCUCCUCGGACAUUCCUACCAGCACUCUGUAAGAUCUUCCUGGAUGAGAGUGCACCAGACAAUGUGCUGGAGGUAACGGCCCGAGCAAUCACUUACUACCUGGAUGUAUCAGCAGAGUGUACCAGAAGGAUCGUGGGGGUUGAUGGAGCCAUCAAGGCCCUGUGUAACCGCUUGGUGGUGGUUGAGCUCAACAACAGGACAAGCAGAGACCUGGCUGAGCAGUGUGUGAAGGUGUUGGAGUUGAUCUGUACCAGAGAGUCUGGGGCUGUCUUUGAGGCUGGUGGUCUAAACUGUGUGCUAAGCUUCAUAAGAGACAGUGGCCAUCUUGUCCACAAAGACACGCUCCACUCUGCCAUGGCCGUUGUGUCUCGCCUGUGCAGCAAGAUGGAGCCUCAAGACUCAUCUCUGGAGACUUGUGUUGAGUCUUUGUCUAGUCUCCUCAAACAUGAAGACCACCAGGUUUCAGAUGGCGCUCUGCGCUGCUUUGCCUCACUGGCUGAUCGGUUCACUCGAAGAGGAGUUGACCCUGCUCCUUUAGCUAAACACGGCCUGACAGAGGAACUGCUGUCCCGUAUGGCAGCCGCCGGUGGCACUGUGUCAGGCUCUUCCUCAUCCUGUAAACCAGGUCGGCCUUCCACAGGCGCAACCCCCUCUGCCGCUGAUUCCAAACUAAGUAACCAGGUGUCAACCAUCGUCAGCCUGCUGUCCACACUCUGUAGAGGGUCACCGCUCGUCACACACGACUUGCUGCGGUCAGCCCUACCAGACUCCAUGGAGUCUGCACUGGGUGGAGAUGAGAGAUGUGUGCUUGAUACAAUGCGGCUGGUGGAUCUCCUUCUGGUGCUCCUGUUUGAGGGACGGAAGGCUUUACCAAAGUCCACAGCAGGAUCAGCGGGCCGGAUCCCUGGACUGCGACGUCUUGACAGCUCUGGAGAGCGAUCCCACCGACAGCUCAUUGACUGUAUUCGCAGCAAGGACACUGAUGCUCUAAUCGAUGCCAUCGAUACAGGAGCUUUUGAAGUAAACUUCAUGGAUGAUGUCGGACAGACGCUGCUCAACUGGGCUUCAGCUUUUGGCACCCAGGAAAUGGUGGAGUUUUUAUGUGAGAGGGGCGCAGAUGUCAACAGAGGUCAGAGGUCAUCCUCUCUACACUAUGCUGCAUGCUUUGGACGCCCACAGGUUGCCAAGACUUUGCUGCGGCACGGAGCCAACCCAGACCUGAGGGAUGAGGAUGGAAAGACCCCUCUGGACAAAGCCAGAGAGAGAGGACACAGUGAAGUAGUUGCCAUCCUACAAUCACCUGGGGACUGGAUGUGUCCGAUGAAUAAGGCCGAUGACAAGAGGAAGAAAGAUGCCAGUAAGGAGGAGGAGGAGUGCACUGAACCCAAAGGAGAUCCAGAAAUGGCUCCCUACUACCUUAAGAGACUUCUGCCUGUUUUUGCACAAACCUUUCAGCAAACCAUGCUGCCUUCUAUUAGGAAAGCAAGUCUGGCUUUGAUCCGAAAGAUGGUUCACUACAGCAGUGAAGUGCUGCUGAGGGAGGUGUGUGAGAGUGAGACCGGACAUAACCUACCCACAGUCCUUGUGGAGAUCACUGCCACUGUCCUUGACCAGGAGGACGACGAUGAUGGUCACCUCCUGGCUCUGCAGAUCAUCAGGGAUCUUGUCGAUAAAGGUGGAGAUGUUUUUCUCGACCAACUUGCUCGACUGGGGGUCAUUAACAAGGUGUCAACUCUGGCUGGACCUGCAUCUGAUGAUGAGAAUGAAGAUGAGGCAAAGCCUGAGAAGGAGGAUGAGGUUCAGGAAGAUGCCAAAGAAGUCCAGCAGGGGAAGCCAUACCACUGGAGGGACUGGUCCAUCAUUCGAGGCAGAGACUGUCUCUAUAUCUGGUCAGAUGCUGCUGCCCUCGAACUCUCCAAUGGUUCAAAUGGCUGGUUCAGAUUUAUCUUGGAUGGGAAGCUUGCCACAAUGUACUCCAGUGGAAGCCCAGAGGGGGGUUCUGACAGUUCAGAGUCUCGAAGUGAGUUCUUGGAGAAGCUUCAGCGGGCGAGGAGUCAGGUGAAACCUGUAACAGCCAGUCAGCCCAUUCUCUCCGUUGUCGGCCCCACUAAGCUGACAGUUGGGAACUGGUCUCUGACUUGCUUAAAAGAUGGAGAGAUCGCCAUCCACAACUCCGAUGGACAGCAAGCUACCAUACUGAAGGAGGACCUACCUGGCUUUGUAUUUGAGUCAAACAGAGGAACCAAACACUCAUUCACUGCAGAAACAUCACUGGGCUCUGAAUUUGUUACUGGGUGGACGGGGAAGCGCGGCAGGAAGCUGAAAUCCAAACUAGAGAAGACGAAGCAGAAGGUAAAGAGCAUGGCAAGGGAGCUGUAUGAUGACCACUUCAAAGCUGUGGAGAGCAUGCCAAGAGGGGUGGUGGUCACUCUGAGGAACAUCGCCACACAGCUAGAAUCUGCCUGGGAACUACACGUUAACAGACAGUGUCUAGAAGGCGAGAACACGUGGAGGGACUUGAUGAAAACUGCUUUGGAGAACCUGAUUGUGGUCUUGAAGGAUGAAAACACAAUUUCGCCAUAUGAGAUGUGUAGCAGUGGUCUUGUGCAGGCUCUGUUCACUGUUCUCAGUAAUAGUGCUGAGCUGGACAUGAAACAUGAUUGUAAGCCUUUAAUGGAGAGGAUCAAUGUCUUUAAGGCAGCUUUCAGUGAGAAUGAAGAUAAUGAAAGCCGACCAGCUGUUGCCUUAAUCAGAAAACUGAUAGCUGUCCUGGAGUCCAUUGAGCGUCUUCCUCUUUAUCUGUAUGACUCUCCAGGGUCCUCUUAUAACCUGCAGAUCUUGACAAGGCGGUUGCGAUUCCGCCUGGAGCGUGCACCUGGGGAGACUGCUCUGAUUGACCGCACGGGUCGCAUGCUGAAGAUGGAACCGCUCGCCACAGUGGAGUCUCUGGAGCAAUACCUUCUAAAGAUGGUGGCGAAGCAGUGGUACGACUUUGAGCGCUCGUCAUUUGUUUUUGUGAGAAAACUGAGGGAAGGCCAGACCUUCACUUUUAGACAUCAACAUGACUUUGAUGAGAAUGGCAUCAUCUACUGGGUUGGAACCAAUGCAAAGACGGCAUAUGAAUGGGUCAAUCCUGCAGCUUAUGGGCUGGUAGUGGUGACGUCCUCAGAGGGGCGUAACCUUCCUUAUGGGCGGCUGGAGGACAUCCUAAGUCGUGAUAGCUCUGCUCUCAACUGCCACACUAACGAUGACAAGAAUGCCUGGUUUGCUAUUGACCUCGGCCUAUGGGUCAUUCCAUCAGCUUACACUCUGAGGCAUGCAAGGGGUUAUGGCCGUUCUGCACUGCGAAAUUGGGUUUUUCAGGUCUCAAAAGAUGGUCAGAACUGGUCCACUUUAUACACGCACAUAGAUGAUGGCAGCCUCAAUGAACCGGGGUCAACAGCUACAUGGCCUCUGGACCCAUCCAAAGAUGAGAAGCAGGGCUGGAGGCAUAUAAGAAUUAAACAGAUGGGGAAGAAUGCCAGUGGUCAGACACACUACCUGUCUCUAUCUGGAUUCGAGUUGUACGGCACAGUCACAGCUGUUUGUGAAGACCAGCUAGGUAAGGCUGUGAAAGAGGCAGAGGCAAACCUUCGGCGCCAGCGCAGACUUUUCCGUUCUCAGGUAAUGAAGUACAUUGUCCCAGGAGCGCGGGUCGUUCGUGGCAUCGACUGGAAGUGGCGGGAGCAGGAUGGAAAUCCACCUGGAGAGGGCACUGUCACUGGAGAAGCACACAACGGGUGGAUUGAUGUAACCUGGGAUGCUAGCGGAUGCUCUAACUCUUACCGUAUGGGCGCUGAAGGGAAGUUUGACCUCAAGCUUGCUCCAGGGUAUGACCCUGAGUCGGCUGCCACAGCGCCAACACCCAAACCUGUCUCAUCCACUGUUUCAGGUCCCGCCUCAUCCACGGUGGGACCCUCUGUGACAUCAACAGCCAUUGGCGGAACCACCACCAUGUCAGCGUCAUUGUCCUCAACCUCGUCGUCUUCCCAACAACCUUCUUGGAGCAGCCUGGUGAAAAAUAACUGUCCUGACAGAAGUGGGGCAAGCUCUUCCAGCAGGAAAGGAAGCAGCAGCUCUGUCUGCAGCGUCGCUUCGUCCUCUGAUAUCAGUCUGAGCUCCUCUGCUGGGAUGCUCAGUGGAGGGAGUCUCCAGCUGGAAAGGAGGGCGGAGGGCGUGCUUCUUGACCAGGGUGUGGGGUCUGGAGGAGUAACUAGAGGAGGACUCGGCUGUGAUGGGAAUCAGCAGGAGCCGAUUGUUGUGCUGUCAUCAGAGGCUGGCUGUGGUUCGGGGUCUAGCUCCGGUACACUCACUGCAGACACAUCUGUGACAGGAGAUGAACACCACUCACCCACAACGGCAGCGAGCACUGACCCAGCCACGGCCAUCUCCAUGGGUUUGGUGAGCGUAAGCUCCCCUGACGUCAGCUCAGUGUCUGAGUCAUCCAGCAAGGACACACACUCCCAGAGGCCUCUGUGCUCCGCAGCAAACACACGGCUGUCAGUCAGCUCCCUGCUGGCUGCCGGUGCCCCAAUGAGUUCCAGCGCCAGUGUUCCCAAUCUUUCAUCCCGGGAGGCCAGCCUUAUGGAAUCCUUUGUUCGCCGUGCACCCAACAUGUCCCGUACUAACGCGACCAACAACAUGAACCUGAGCCGCAGUAGCAGUGACAACAACACAAACACCUUGGGCCGGAACGUCAUGAGUGCUGCAACUUCUCCUCUCAUGGGUGCUCAGAGCUUUCCUAAUCUCACCACCACUGGUACCACCUCCACAGUUACCAUGUCAACUUCCAUAGUAACCAGUGGGAAUAAUGUAGCCACAGCCACAACGGGUCUUUCAGUUGGCCAGUUGCUAAGUAACACUCUGACAACAAGCCUGACGUCCACAUCCAGUGAAAGUGACACAGGACAGGAAGCUGAGUUCUCUCUCUAUGAUUUCCUGGACAGCUGCCGGGCCAACACGCUGCUUGCGGAGCUGGAUGAUGAGGAAGACCUCCCUGAGCCUGAUGACGAUGAUGAUGAAAAUGAAGAUGACAAUCAGGAGGAUCAAGAGUAUGAGGAGGUCCUGGUAUGUAAAAGAAUGUCUAUUUUUUGUUGUGUAGUUUUCCAUUUUGUUUCUGCUGUGGCUCCUGCCAUGAUGUCAGACAAUGUAAUUGAUCUAAAUUCUGUGAUGAAGGAGGAGGAAGAGUACGAGACAAAAGGAGGACGCAGGAGGACAUGGGAUGAUGAUUUUGUCCUGAAAAGGCAGUUUUCUGCUUUGGUCCCUGCCUUUGACCCUCGACCAGGAAGAACUAAUGUCCAACAGACUACCGACCUGGAGAUCCCUUCCCCUGGAACACCUCGAUCCGAGUCCCGGGAAGAAGUGGAGUGUGCACCUUCUCCUCACCUUGCACUGACACUUAAGGUUCCUGGCUUGGGUACAACAAGAGAGGUUGAGCUUCCUCUCUCCAGUUACAAGUUGACCAUUUUCUACUACGUUCAGCGGCUCCUGCAGCUCUCCUGCAACGGGUCUGUAAAGACAGAUAAGCUCCGACGCAUCUGGGAGCCCACAUACACGAUAAUGUACAGAGAGCUGAAAGACUCUGAUAAAGAAAAGGACAGUGGGAAGAUGGAGUUCUUUGAACACAGCACAGGGGUUGGAGGACGCUCUGGUGGUCUGAGUCCAAGCUCACUGUAUGUCAGUCAGAGCAAUGAGAUCCUGGGUUGGGUCAGAGAAGCAGCACAAGCUAAAGCUGGCUGCAGCCAGAACGCCUGUGGGAUGGAGGACGUCCUGCAGCUGCUGCGCAUCCUGUACAUCAUUGGAAGUGACUCGGUCUCUAAUGCACGCACACUACAGGAGGAUGUUGAGGAGCUGCAGUUCAACGCAUCAGCAGAGGAGUUUACCAGCAAAAAGAUCACCACCAAGAUCCUACAGCAGAUUGAGGAACCUCUGGCUGUUGCCAGCGGAGCGCUGCCUGACUGGUGUGAGCAGCUCACUUCCAAAUGUCCUUUCCUUAUCCCCUUUGAGACCAGACAGCUGUACUUCACCUGCACUGCUUUUGGAGCCUCGCGGGCUAUUGUCUGGCUCCAAAAUCGACGGGAGGCAACCAUGGAGCGUUCACGGCCAUCCACCACGGUACGGAGGGACGACCCUGGCGAAUUCAGGGUGGGCCGGCUUAAACACGAGCGGAUCAAAGUCCCCCGAGGAGACUCUAUGAUGGAAUGGGCGGAGUCAGUCAUGCAGAUCCACGCAGACAGGAAGUCCGUGCUAGAGGUGGAGUUUCAGGGUGAAGAGGGAACAGGUCUUGGUCCCACACUGGAGUUUUAUGCUCUGGUGGCAGCAGAGUUUCAGAGAACAUCUCUGGGCAUCUGGCUGUGUGAUGACGACUUUCCCGAUGAUGAGUCCCGACAGGUGGACCUGGGUGGUGGUUUGAAGCCCCCCGGUUUCUAUGUGCAGCGUUCUUGCGGACUGUUCCCUGCUCCAUUUCCGCAGGACAGUGAGGAACUGGAGCGAAUCACAAAACUCUUCCACUUCCUGGGGAUAUUUCUAGCCAAGUGCAUCCAGGACAACCGACUGGUGGACCUGCCUGUGUCUCAGCCCUUUUUCAAGCUGCUCUGCAUGGGAGACAUUAAGUCAAACAUGAGCAAGCUGCUAUACCAGUCCCGCAGUUUGCCUCCGGGUCAUGGCCCUGAGGGACCCCACCUGCAGCCGUUGCUGUCAGUAGUUCAGUCAGAGGCUUCCACCGAGGAGAGCCAGGAGACUUACUCAGUAGGCAGUUUUGAUGAGGACUCCAAGUCAGAGUUUAUCAUGGACCCCCCUAAACGAAAACCCCCCGCCUGGUACCAUGGCAUCCUGACCUGGGACGACUUCCAGCUUGUCAACCCGCACAGAGCAAAUUUCCUGAAGGAGGUGAAAGAGCUGGCUGUGAAGAGGAGACAGAUUUUGGCUAGCAAGAGUUUGUCAGAGGAUGAGAAGAACACUAGACUGCAGGACUUGAUGCUGAGGAACCCGAUGGGCUCCGGACCUCCUCUUAGCAUCGAGGACCUCGGGUUAAACUUUCAGUUCUGUCCAUCAUCAAAAGUUCAUGGCUUUUCUGCAGUAGACCUCAAACCAAACGGAGAUGACGAGAUGGUAACUGUGGAGAACGCAGAGGAGUACGUGGAGUUGAUGUUUGAUUUUUGUAUGCACAUUGGGAUCCAAAAACAAAUGGAGGCCUUCAAAGAGGGUUUUAAUCAAGUGUUCCCAAUGGAAAAGAUGAGCUCCUUUAGCCAUAAAGAAGUGCAGAUGGUUCUCUGUGGGAAUCAGUCACCUUCUUGGAAUGCUGAUGAUAUCAUCAACUAUACUGAACCAAAGCUGGGUUACACCAGAGACAGCCCUGGCUUUCAGCGCUUUGUGCGAGUUUUAUGUGGAAUGUCGUCUGAUGAGAGGAAAGCCUUCCUACAGUUCACCACAGGCUGCUCCACCCUGCCCCCUGGUGGCCUUGCCAAUCUACACCCACGCCUCACUGUAGUCAGGAAGGUGGAUGCAACAGACUCAAGUUAUCCAUCAGUAAAUACCUGCGUUCACUACCUGAAACUCCCUGAAUAUUCAUCUGAAGACAUCAUGAGGGAGCGUUUGUUAGCUGCCACUAUGGAAAAGGGCUUUCACCUAAAUUGACCUCUGAGCAUCGCCACUGUCGCACUGAGCAUGCGCUGAAAUCAUCUGUCUGUGUUGCCAGAACAUCCAGCCGAGUGACUGACAGACUGCCUGCUGCAAGAAGAGGCUCAGAGUGGAGGAUUUUGACUGAAAAAAAACCAUCUCCAACCCUCACAUCUUUCAUGCUUCCCUCCUGAGAACCACAUGAGCAUCCAGGGCUUAGUUUUCAGGCCGAAGGCUGCAGGCUGGAGUGUGUGUGCGAGUGUGUGUUUGCGUUGGCACACUGAUCCUAUCCUCUCGUCCAUUCAGUUCAGUGCCUGGUUUCACCUAAUUUGUUUUCAGUUCCUCCAUUAGAAAUUCAUGCUUUUUUCUCAUUUUCAUCUUGAGUUUUUCUUCCUUUACCUUCAGCUUCUGUGUGCAAAAGUUUGGUUUGUUUCAGACCUGAUGGAAAGGUCAGAAUUCAGUUUUUGGUGUUUCCUCUCUGAUUAAGCUAAAGAGAAAAAAAAAACACUGUGUAUGAUGCACAUCUAAAAAAACUCUGCUCCCUGUAUUUUCUUUGUAUAUUGUAAACAUUUAUUUAACUGAAGUACUGAAGUUGCAGUUUCAGGUAAACAAAUAUUUUCAAAUGUGUAUGCUCCAAAAGAUUAUCAAUAAAUUGUUUGCCAAGUAUGAAGUAAA